GAGGCUUGCGCCUUCCUUUUUGAUUGAACAACGUGAAGCAAGGAAGCAUGAGCACGCUUCGAUUACAGAAACGGCUUUCUGCUGCCGUUUUGAAAUGUGGCAAAAAUAAGAUUUGGUUGGAUCCAAAUGAAACCAAUGAAAUUGCCAAUGCCAACUCUCGACAGAAUAUCCGAAAACUUGUCAAGGAUGGUUUGAUCAUUCGCAAACCUGUGAAAGUUCAUUCCCGAGCCCGCGUGAGGAAGAACGCCAUUGCCAGGAGGAAGGGUCGCCACAUGGGGCACGGGAAGAGGAAGGGUACAGCCAAUGCCAGGAUGCCACAGAAGAUCAUUUGGAUCCGGCGUAUGCGCGUCCUCAGAAGUCUGCUCAGGAAGUACAGAGAGGCCAAGAAGAUUGAUAAACACUUGUAUCACGAGUUGUACAUGAAGUGUAAAGGUAAUGGCUUCAAGAACAAGCGCGUCUUGAUGGAACACAUUCACAAGAAGAAGGCCGAGAAACAGAGGAGCAAACUUCUCAGCGACCAAGCGGAGGCUCGCAGGUUGAAGGUGAAGGAGGCUCGCCGCCGCAGGGAGGAGCGUAUACAACAGAAGAGACAGGAAAUGCUGAAAUCAUUCUCCAAGGACGAUGAGCCAGCCAAAAAAUAGACAUUGUUGUGGGGUCACUGUACAUGAAGAAUAAACUAACAAAAAAAAUC